CAAUAGGUGCUGCUCUGUGCUCCUCGAAUCUACUGCUGGCUAUUCUUCAGGUUGACCGGCAACUUGACUUGCUUUGGCAUUUUUCUUUUAGAUUCAUAUUUUGAGAUUUGGACAGACUGGACUUUGCGAAUUUUCCACAAAAAUAAUCACUUCGUAAUCAUUUCUCAAUUUAAAACUGUUAAUUUCGAUAUGAAACUAUUGAAAUAGUCGUUUUCUAGCGAACGUUGGUACAGACGAGGAAUACCCUUUUCGUCAGGUAAGGAAGCAUCAGAAUUUUGAAGAUAUUAAUAACAGGCUCUAAUGCAGAGGUGACUGAUCGCCUAUCUCAUAAAUGGGGUUGCUCCGGCGUGGCCCAUUUGGAAGAGCCUCCUCAUUCACCCUUCCCCAUGUCUGCUCUGUGCUUCUAGUAUCAGUUCUGCUUGUCGAACUGGAAGUUGUAUUUGGUGAACUCACUUUGGAUUUCACGAGAUCGGAGUAUAAUGCAACAGUACCAGAAAAUUCUGUUGGUAAAACGUAUGUUACUCCUACGGAAAAGAUGGGAAUAUUCAUAUCCGAUCCAUCCCUGCUGGUCCGAUAUAAAAUCGUCUCUGGAGAUCCAGGGAAGAUGUUCAAAGCAGAAUCCCGGACUGUUGGAGAUUUUUGCUUCUUAUUCUUAAGAACCAGAACCGAAGAACAGGCUGUACUGAACAGGGAGUACCAAGACUAUUAUGCGAUUGGUAUAAAGGCUAUGGUGACAUCCUUGUAUAGAAGAUCUGUUAAAUUGAAAGCUCAUACCAUAGUCCAUGUUAGAAUUCUGGAUACAAAUGAUCUCAAUCCUUUCUUUGACAAAUUCGAUUACAGCAUCACCGUCCCUGAAGAUUUUCCUCUACAUAAAAAUGUAUUGAGAGUCACAGCUACUGAUCCUGAUGUUGGUGUGAAUGGUGACAUUUAUUAUAGUCUCCCAGAACCAUCGUUGCAGUUUGCCAUCCAUCCAACAAGAGGUUUUAUUACACUCACCCGACCACUUGAUUAUCAAAAGGAAUCUUUGCAUAAGUUUACGGUGGUUGCAGAAGAUCGUGGUCCAAAGUUUAGAGUAGCUGGAAGUAUGGCAUUUCGUAGUACAGCAAAUGUGCAAAUUAAGGUGACGCCUGUAAAUCUUCAUGCUCCUGAAAUUCAAGUUCGACAACUGCCAUCUAUUUUAGAACACAGCGAUCCCGACAUUUACGCCAUUGUCAGAGUUACUGACGCUGACAAAGGUGUUCAUGGAGAAAUAGAUGGAUUAGGAAUUGUCAAAGGUGAUGCGGAAGGAUAUUUUAAAGUCUCACCUGGUAAAAAGACAAAUGAAUUUGAAAUUGGAGUUGCAGAUUCUUCUCGAGAUUUAGCUGCUGGCAGUUAUGCUUUAGUGUUGCAAGCAACAGAUAGAGGAACUCCCCCUAAGACUACAUCCAAAACGGUACAUCUGAAAGUGUCCGAAGCAUCGCAUCCAAUUCCAAAAUUUAGCCAAUCAGAUUAUGAUGUCGAAAUCGAAGAAGUUGCUCCGAUCGGAUAUCCAUUAGUUCGCUUAAUGGCUACUGUGGAAAAAGGAAAAAACCCUCUGCUCUAUUCCAUUGAGAUUGGCAAUGAUGAAGGAAUGUUUGCAGUGGACCAGAGAACUGGUGUUCUCAGGAUAGCAAAAACACUAGACCGCGAAAGGCGUGCAUAUUAUUCACUCACAGUCAGUGCUGUUGAUAGUGGCCGAAGAGGUGGGCCACAUCUCCGUAAAGGUACUGCAAUAGUAAAUAUUAGAGUGUUGGAUAACAACGACAAUGAUCCUAUUUUUAACAUGUCUUCAAUUAUCGUUAUGUUUGAUGAGAAUCGGUCGCAAAGCAGCAUAGUGUGUACGGUUCAUGCCACAGAUGCUGAUGCUGGGGAUAAUGGAUAUGUAACAUACAGCUUAGCUAAUUUGCAUCCGGUGCCGUUUAAUAUUGACCAUUUUACUGGCGAAAUUUCAACUACAGAAGUCCUGGACUAUGAAACUAUGCGUCGAGAGUAUAUUCUCCGAGUUCGGGCAUCUGAUUGGGGUUCGCCUUAUAGACGACAAGCAGAAAUGACUGUUCACGUUCAGCUUCGAGAUGUUAACGACCAUCGCCCACUUUUUGAAAGAGUGGAUUGUGUUGGGCAAGUCUUGGACAGCGUUGCACUGGACACUCCCAUAAUAACUUUGUCAGCGUUAGACUUUGAUGCUGGAAGCACUGUGAGAUACUUAAUGGUUCCUGCAGAUGACGACCCUUGCUUUGGUUUAAACGAAGAAAAAGGGAUACUGAAGGUAACAUGCGACUUAUCGAAACAAACGAAGACAGAUUGGAUUCUAAAUGUUUCAGCAACUGAUAGCCAACACUUUGCUGACGUUAUGACAGUGAAUUUGAAGGUGGUUUCGAAAAUGACGGGUCGAAACAAAGAUGGCGUUGCCAUUGAGUGUCGGAAACUGGAUGUUACUGACCGAUAUAUGGAAUUAUUGCGUUUAGGUAAUAUUCAGAACAAAGCCAUUGAUGGGAAGGAAGACGUUGUUCCAAAGCGGUAUGGUGACAAUCGACAUUCUCCCGAAUUUCUCUCGACAAUCCCUUCGGAAGUUUGGAUCAAUGAAUCCGCAAGUGUUGGAUCAGAGGUUGUUGCGAUGAGAGCUCGAGAUAGAGACCAUGGCUAUUCUGGAUUAGUUGUGUAUGUGAUCAAUUACAACAAUGAAGGAGAUGACUGCUUUAAGGUGGAUUUAUAUACUGGUCGACUUUUAGUUGAUUCUGAAUUAGAUCGGGAAAGAACUUCAAGGUAUGUUUUGAACGUGACUGCUUUUGAUUUGGGCAAACCGCAAAGGUCUGCUUCAAUGCAAAUCAUCGUAAAUGUUAGGGAUAUCAACGAUAAUCCUCCAACUUUCGAGAAGUCUUCGUAUCAUUUCGUCAUACCAGAAAAUGUGGAAAAUGGGACUAGCGUUAUACGACUUCGCGCCACAGAUAUUGACGAAGGUGAGAACGCAAGACUCACAUAUACUUUAGAAGGCCCAGCAUGGGACCGUUUUCAUGUGGAUAAAGACUCUGGUUUAUUGACUGUGAUCGGAGCAUUGGAUAGGGAAAUAACUGAAAACUAUGCUUUGCGUGUAUGGGCCAGAGAUGGAUCACUGGAUAGACCGCAAAUGUCUUCAACGGUCAUCUUCAUUCGACUGGAAGAUGUCAAUGAUAAUCCACCUUUGUUUGGGCUAACACAAUUUUGGGUUAAAGUCCGUGAAGAUCUUCCAAUCGGAACGGUGGUGAUGGUUAUGUCUGCAAGGGACCCUGAUACUGGAGAUGGUGGUCGUGUUGCAUACGAAAUGUUAGAAGGUGGAACAUUUUCAGUUGACCCAUUGACUGGUGUGGUACGGCUGGCUCGUACUUUAGAUUUCGAACAGAAACAGUUGUACAAUGUUACAAUUAUUGCUCGGGAUCAAGGAGACCCUCCUUUAUCUUCCGUUGCCUAUCUUUUGGUGGAAGUGGAAGACGUUAAUGAAAAUCUUCAUCCCCCUAAAUUUCCCGACAUGGUGGCAUCGGGAUCAGUACGGGAAAAUAAGCCUGAAGGCACUCUAGUGAUGCAAGUAACUGCUGUGGAUGCUGAUCCCCCAGGCAUUGACUCUACAGUGACGUAUUCUAUUCGAGAUGGUGAUGGUGUCGGCAUAUUCUCCAUUGACGACCAAGGAAAUAUUCGCACCCGAGCUGUGUUGGAUCGAGAAACCAGUCUUAGCUACUGGUUGACAGUAAUUGCUCAAGAUAGAGGAGCAGUGCCUCUAACUUCUCGUCUGGACGUUUAUAUAGAAGUCGAAGAUGAAAACGACAACAUACCCUUGACGUUUGAGCCUGUCUACUAUCCCAAUAUUCCGGAAAACUCUCCAGAAGGGACGACAGUUGUCAAAAUGGAAGCUUUCGAUCUGGACGUGAAUCCAGAUCAGAGAAUAUCCUAUCAUAUCACAGCUGGUGAUCCACAGGGUUACUUUGCUCUAGACUCGGCUUCUGGACUGAUAACUACAACAGCUAUCUUACUUGACAGAGAAGCCCAACCUGAACAUGUUUUAGAGGUUACUGUUAGCGAUAAUGGGGAUCCUGCUCUGACAUCUAGUACUCGAAUCGUUGUGAAAGUUCUUGAUGUAAAUGAUCAUGCUCCAUCAUUUUUUCAGCGGUUGCAACGAUGUUAUAUACCCCAAAUGUCAAAACAGGGUCCAACGUUGUGUCAGGUCCUUGCUUCAGAUGAGGACUCAGGUCCAAAUGGUGAUAUUUCUUAUGUGCUUUCUGAAGGCUCAAGCGCUCAUUUGUAUCGUAUUCAUCCUAAAACUGGAGUGAUAUAUAGCCAAGGACCUUUACGUGGAGGUCAACAGUAUGAACUUCUGGUUACGGCUUCAGAUGGAGGUAAACCAUCUCUCAGUUCAAAUUCAAGAGUUAUCUUGGAAGUUGUAUCAGUACCAGAAAUUAGCAAACAUCCACCAGUUAUACAGCCAAUAGAAACUCAAACUAUUGUGGUAUCAGAAAGUGAGCAUGUUGGAAAUUUGGUAGCAAUGAUGCAGGCUGAAGAUCCUGAUGGUGAUAGCAUAUGGUUUUUUAUAUCUGGUGGAAAUGUGGGUGAUAUGUUUAUGAUUCAGUCUAAAGGUGGUGCUGUUUUACUUGCUAGAAAAUUAAAAUGGGAAGUUUAUCCAUUUUAUAAUCUUACUAUCAGUGUUACUGACGGCGUUUACACAGUUUCCACUUAUCUUUGUAUAAAGGUUAUGAGUAUCAAUAAUUAUAUGCCAGAAUUUUUGGAGCAUACAUAUAAGGUAGAAAUAGCAGAAAACAGCCCAGUGGACACAGAAAUUUUGAAACUGGAAGCUUUUGAUAGAGAUCAAGAUAAACGUUUGCUAUACACUAUUCACAACAGUGCUAGUCCAUAUAGUAUUUCUAAAUUCCGUUUGGAUUCAAGAACAGGAAUAUUAUCCAUUGCUCAACCCUUAGACCAUGAAACUGCUCAACGACAUAUACUCACUGUUGCUGUGAUGGAUAGUGGAACUCCUUCAAAAAGAUGUUUUACUAGACUAGAAGUAAUUGUUUAUGACCAUAAUGAUCAUGCACCUCAGUUUUUAACGAAUAUGUUUGAGGGCCAAGUAUUUGAAACAGCUGCAGCUGGAACAUCUGUGUUACAAGUUAUUGCUGUAGACAGAGAUAAAGGGAAAAAUGCUCAACUUACUUAUUCAAUUGUUUCUGGAAAUGUUGGUAGGGCUUUUUCUAUUGAACCUACUCUUGGCAUCAUUCAAGUAGCUCAGAAGUUGGAUCGUAAUGCAAUGUCGGAAUAUUUUCUCAGUGUAAGAGCUACAGAUCAUGGUGAUGUACCUUUAAAUGGAAGUGUUAAUGUACACAUUAUUAUUACAGUUGCUGAUAAUGCACCUCCAAAAUUUGAUAAACUAGAAUAUAUCGUUGAAUUAUUUGAAAAUGGUAGAAGUGAAAUAAAAGUUGUAAGUGUAUCUGCAACUUGCCGCUCCUCUGUUUAUUACGAAAUUGUUGAUGGGAACAAAGAUGAUAGUUUUACAAUAAACCCAACUUCAGGAGUCAUUCUCACUACAAAGUCUCUUGAUUAUGAAGCUAAUACUUUUUAUAACUUGACUAUACGUGCAACAAAUAUGGUUGGAACUACAGCAGAGACUAUGGUGUUAGUUCAUGUCUUGGAUCGUAAUGAUAAUCAUCCCUACUUUUUGGAAACUGAAAUGAUUGGUCUUAUAAGUGAAGCAGUUGAUGCUGAUAGUAUUGUAUUAGAUCAGUCCAAUCUUCCUUUGGUUGUUGCUGCUGCAGACAAAGAUUCAGAACUUAAUGCAGUUCUUUUUUAUAAAAUUGUGGAAAAAACUGCAAAUUUGUACUUCAGAAUCGAUUCAAGUACUGGUGCUAUUAGUACUUCACAGGUUCUAGAUCACGAAAAAUUUUCUAAUUAUACAUUUACAGUGCAAGUGACAGAUAUGGGAAAGCCCAGACUUAGUGCUACUAUUCCUGCUACAGUUACUAUCUUUAUCUCUGAUAUUAAUGACUGCCCACCUCAGUUUGAACAUCCAUCUUAUGCAGCGACAGUUUUAUUACCGACUCAUCAAGGGGUAGUUAUCACCUCUGUAAGAGCCACUGAUCCUGAUACAGUGGCCACUAUCUCAAUCAAAUAUAACAUUGUUUCAGGAAAUUAUGGAGAAAAAUUUGCUAUCAAUGAAGAUACAGGCGAAAUCACAGUUAAAAAUCCUGAUGAUAUGAAUGAAGAAUAUCAACUUGUGGUUUCAGCAAGUGACAGUGAAUAUGAAGCUAGUGCCAAAGUUUCAAUAAAAGUUAAAGAAUCGCGAGCAAGUACUCUACGUUUCAAUAAACCUAAAUAUUUUGCUAAGGUGGAAGAAAAUUCAGCAAAGGUAGUUACUGUAGCUGUUAUAACUGUCGUCGGCACCGCUUUGAAUGAACACCUGACUUUCAAAAUCUUAAAUCCUUCUGAUAUGUUUGAAAUAGGAUCAACAUCUGGUGUCAUAAGAACUAAAGGUAUACCUUUUGACAGAGAAUUACAGAGCUUUUACACUCUGGUUGUCGAAGUUAAAAGUGAACUCACUACUCCAGUACAGAUAGCUCAUAUUUUAGUUGAAGUAACAGUUUCAGAUGUUAAUGAUAAUCCUCCUAUAUUUGUAAAUUUGCCAUAUUAUUCCGUGGUUCCUAUGGAAGCUCAAAAAGGCUAUAUUGUUCGUAAGGUACAUGCAAUUGAUUUAGAUCUUGGUAAAAACAGUGAAGUUCAUUAUGAACUAGUUGAAGGCGACAAUAAAACAUUUAAAGUUGAUCCAAAAAGUGGAGAAAUAAUUCUUUUAAAGCCAGUUGGGUCGCAGAAUCUUGAUCAUGAAAUAACUAUCGCUGCAAUUGAUGGAGGUCAUCCGCCUUUAAGAAGUAUUGUUGAAGUACCUAUUCGUCUCAUUAACAGAGAUAUGCCAGUAUUUCCAAAACAAUACUAUAACAUAUCCGUUGCUGAAUCUUUGCAUUCGAAAUCUGCCGUUCUUACAGUUUUAGCUGACAGUCCAGAAGGAAGACAAUUAAUUUAUAGUAUUGUUGAAGGAAAUACACAUGAAGAUUUUGGAGUUAAUUUUACCACUGACCCUGGUAAUAGCAAUGGGCCAUGUAUUAUAUAUGUUGUUGAAGAACUUGAUUACGAAACAACUCAAGAAUAUCAUUUGACAAUACGUGCUACAGAUUCUGUUUCUGGUGCUUACGCUGAUGUUGCUGUUUAUAUCAACAUUGAAGAUGUUAAUGAUAAUGCACCAGUGUUUGAAAAACCUUUUUACUCAGCCUCUAUUUCUGAAGCGGUGCCAUUUGGAACAUCUAUUCUUCGAGUGAAUGCCACUGACAAAGAUUCUGGAAAUAAUCAACGUGUGCAAUAUUUUAUUAUUGGAAAUGCGACAACUUUUUUUCAUGUGGAAUCUACUGAAGGAAUUGUUUUUAUCAAGCAGUCAUUAGAUAGGGAAAGACAGGAUGCUCAUGAUUUUUUGCUAAUGGCUACUGACAGUGGUUCCCCAGCUUUGAGUGCAACAGCAACUGUUCACAUUGAUGUCAUUGAUAUGAAUGAUAACCCUCCUAGAUUCGAACAAUAUGAAUAUACCUGCAUGAUAAGCGAAAGUGCUCAGAGAGGUCAGUUUGUUACUAGAGUGGUGGCUUCAGACCCUGAUGAAUCUGAUCAAGCAAAACUUAUAUAUUCAAUUGUUGGUGGGAAUGAGCAGCAAGCAUUUGCAAUCAACUCUGCAACUGGAAUUGUCACUCUUUCCAAUUUGCACCAAUUUAAUAACCAGUCGAUGUAUGUAUUGAAUGUAUCUGUGACGGACGGUGUGUAUUCUGGAUAUGCUAAACUGAAAGUCAAUAUUCUGGGUGAAAACAAUAAUUCCCCCAUUUUUACACGUACUGUUUAUGAAGUGGCUGUACGAGAGAAUUUGCCACCUGGUUCUCCAGUUAUAACUGUUAAAGCUGCUGAUGUGGAUCGAGGAGAAUAUGGGAAGAUCACAUAUAGUAUUGAAAGUCAAGUAUACAACAAAAUUUUCAUGAUAGAUCCAGAAACAGGUGUUCUGUAUGCCCGCAUAAGUUUUGAUAGAGAGAAGCAUCGCUUAUAUGAAGUGCCUAUUGCAGCAUUUGAUGGUGGAGGAAGACCAGGAUAUUCGACUGUUCGAAUUUCUGUCACAAAUGAAAACGAUAAUGCUCCUCUAUUUGCCGUGUCUGAAUAUAGAGCUUAUGUUUAUGAAAAUACUACAAUGGGAACAACUAUUUUGCAAGUACAUGCUGUUGAUGAAGACGACGAUAUUCAUUCAACGUCUAUUGAAUAUAGCAUUUAUUCAAACAAUGCGUCUACCAUAACAGACCUGUUCGGAAUUUCAAAGGACUUAGGUGAAAUUUAUUUGAAAAAAAGUGUUUCCCAGCUUGUUAAUCAAGCAUUCCAGUUUUUUGUACGUGCACGGGACAGAGGAACUCCUCCACAGGAAAAUGAAGUUCCUGUGAAUGUAAUUGUUGUCCCUAGUAGUGUGGUUCUGCCGAAAUUUGAACAACAGCAUUAUGAAUUUUUUAUUUCUGAAAAAUCUCCUAUUGGUACCGUAGUUUCAACAUUAAAUGCGAGUAGUUCUGAACCAAUACACUAUGGAUUUGUCCCUGCACCACUUGACUCGAUAAUAGAGCUACAUCAAUCUGUUUUUAGCAUAUCAGAUGGCGGUAAAAUUGUAUUAAAUUCUGCUUUAGAUCGGGAAUCAACUGCAUCAUAUCAUUUGGUUGUAAAAUCAGAAACUAGUUUAAAACCACCACUAAUUGCAUAUUGUGAUAUAACAAUCAAUAUUAUGGAUGAAAAUGAUAAUCGACCUAUUUUUGAUUCUAACCCGUAUGUAAUGUCAUUAGCAGAGAAUAUUGGAAAAGGAACUAGUAUCUUGAAAGUAGUUGCCAAAGAUGCUGAUUCUGGGUCGAACAGUGAGAUUGUGUAUUCAUUCGGUGCAGAUGUUGGAAAUGCUGCAAAUGUAUUUCGAUUAGAUCCAUCGACUGGAUGGAUAAGUACCUUGUCGUUAUUAGAUUAUGAAACGCUGUCAUGGUAUAACUUCAGUGUUAUUGCUAGAGAUAAAGGUCAUCCUCAGCUUUCUUCCUUUGCGACAGUAAUGCUUAGAAUUCAAGAUUAUAAUGAUAACCCGUCAGAAUUUGAAAGAGAGCACUAUGAUGCUGCAAUUUAUGAGCAUGCUGUACCAGGGACAGUUAUUGUUACUUUAGAAAUCAAAGAUGCUGAUUUUGAGCCAAGUAAGAAUGAUUUCUACAUUACGAAAGGAAAUCAGUUAGGUCAGUUUCAAGUAAGAGAAAAUGGCGAGAUUUUCGUAAAUAAACCUCUAGAUCGGGAAACUAUUUCUUCAUAUUUGUUGGAAGUUUUGGUGACAGAUGGUCUAUUUGUCUCUAAAACGGAAGUUGCUAUUGAUGUUCUUGAUACAAAUGAUAACCCUCCAGUAUGUUUAAAAGCAAAGUAUAUGGAAAAGAUAUCAGAAGCUAUACCACCAUAUUCUUAUAUUCUUACCGUGGAAGCUACUGAUUUAGAUGAUGGGAAAAAUGCUUUACAAUUAUUUACACUUAAAGGCACUGGAGCUAGUGACUUUAUUAUUGAUUCUGCUACAGGUAUCAUUAAAAGUGUAAAAAAUUUAGACAGAGAAAAACAGUCACGCUAUAAUCUAAAGGCUCAUGUCCAAGAUCGAAAUCAUCCUGAUUGGGAGUGCAUAAGCUUAAUAGACAUUCAUUUGGAAGAUAUCAAUGACAAUGUUCCCCAAUUCACUCAACCGAUAUUUACUGUGGCUGUGGCUGAGGAUGUACCUGUUGGUUCACUCAUCAGUAAAAUCCAUGCUGUUGAUAAAGAUUUAGGUGGAAGUCGAAAAAUCAGUUACUCAUUUCUGAAUAAUCAUUUAGGACAGUUCGAAAUAGAUCCGAAAACCGGAAUCGUCCGUCUAAGACGAUCUUUGGAUAGAGAAACAGAAUCAGAAUAUAAUCUAACAGUGCAAGCUGCAGACCAUGGCGUUCCAUCCCUGUCAUCGACUGUUAUGCUAAGCAUUACUGUCCUUGAUGUGAAUGACAAUCCACCUGAAUUCACUAACAAAAUUGUAUAUGCUACUGUCUCAGAAUCUGUUCCUAUUGGAUCCGAAAUCACUUCGGUUCAUGCAACUAGUGAAGAUAUUGGCAUAAAUGCUGAAAUUACAUAUUCUAUUAUUGGAGGUGAUGAACAAGGUGUAUUUGAAAUUUCUCCAACUAGCGGCCAAAUAAAGUUGCUGAAACCUCUAGACUAUGAAGCUGUUCGGGAUUUCUUCUUAACUGUUCAAGCGGUGGAUGGAGGAUCACCACCUUUGAGUAAUCAGGCUGUAGUAAAUAUUACUGUAACAGAUUCCAAUGAUAAUGCUCCAGUUUUUAGCCAGUCGUCUUAUCGAGCGAUUGUAAGAGAAGAUGCGACAAUUGAUAGUCAAGUUAUACAGGUUCUUGCAAAUGAUGCGGACAGUCCUCCAAAUGCACAGUUGUCGUUUUCUAUAAUAACUGGCGAUGAUGAUAAGCAUUUUACAAUGGAUAGAAGUUCUGGUAUUAUAAAAGUUGGCAAAACACUUGACAGAGAAAUGGUUCCAAAUUACGUUCUUCAAGUUAUGUGUUCUGACAAUGGCAUUCCACAGCUAUCAUCUACUGCUUUUGUGAACAUCGAAGUUUCUGAUAUUAAUGACAAUGCUCCCAUGUUUUCUCAAAGCAAUUACACAGUCAUUAUACAGGAAGGAAGAACCAUUGGAUAUACAGUACUAAAAUUUACCAUAAUUGAUGCAGAUGCUCCUCCCAAUACUGGUCCAUUUACCUUAGAGAUUUUAUCUGGCAAUGAAGAUUCGGCAUUCCGGCUAGUACAGCAAGAUGCUUCUCUCCGAACUGCCACAAAAUUUAAUCACAAGAGAAAAGACAAAUACGAAUUACAGUUAAGGGUAUCUGAUAAUGGCAGCCCUUCACUAUUUUCAGAUGCUACAGUUACUGCUUUAAUUAUUGAGGAAAGUCAGUAUCCUCCAGUUGUUUCAUCUUUGGAAGUAGUCAUUAAUUCAUUUCGAGAUGAAUUUCCAGGAGGUGUUAUGGGACGUAUUCAUGCUACUGAUGGUGAUCCUUAUGAUAAACUUUAUUAUGAAGUCGUAUCUCCUUAUAAAGAUCUCUUUUCAGUUGAUCGAGAAGAUGGAACUUUAGUCGCUCUUCCAGGCCUUGAUGUGGGUUCUUAUAAUGUUAAUGUCAGUGUCACCGAUGGAAAGUUUACAAGCUAUGGGAUUAUAUUGGUGGAAGUUAACAUGGUUUCUGAAGAUGCAGUAAAAAACAGUGUUGGUAUGAGGCUCAAAGGAAUAACACCAGAAGACUUUAUUAUUAGCCAUCGUAAAAAUUUUCUGCAUGGUUUGCGAAGUGCCUUAAAUGUAAGAACAAAAGAUGUAGACAUCUUAAGUAUUCAACCUGCUGAAGCCGUGAUGGAGAAACAAAAGAGGGAUGCUAAUCGUGACCUCGAUGUUUUGUUUGCUGUGCGGAAAAGUCCACAUGUGUAUUACCCAGCAAAACAACUGCUUAACAAACUAAAAGAAAAACAGACAGUUUUUGAAACUGCGUCAAACCUUAAAGUUGUGAAGAUAAUAAAGGACCGAUGUACGAAUGAUCGCUGUGUUCACGGUGAAUGCGUAGAUCGAAUUGUUUUAGAUGAGACAUACGUAGUCAGCAUAACUACAGAAUCUCUUGGCUACGUAUCACCUCAACACGUGAGAAAACUGGAAUGUGUUUGCAAAUCUGGCUAUGGUGGUAAUCGUUGCGACGUAGUGAUAAAUGAAUGUGCUCGUAAUCCCUGCUCCUCUCAUCAUGUUUGUUUCCCACAUCCUUCAGAUUUAGGAUACAUUUGUCAGUGUCCUCCAGGUAAAACUGGGCCAUUGUGUGAUCGUGACAAAACAAAAAUUUGCCGAGGUAGUACUUGUUAUGAAGAAAAAAAUCCUAUUUCCUAUAACGGAAAAAGUUAUGCUCGUUAUUCCUUGACUAAUCCGUUUGAAAGACAUUUGAGUAUAGCAGUUAGCGUUCGCACUGUUCAAGCUACUGGAAAUUUAAUGUUUGCAGCUGGCAUUAGAGAUUACAGUAUUUUAGAGAUUGUCAAUGGAUAUGUUCAAUAUCGAUUUGAUUGUGGAAGCGGAGAAGGUUUGGUACGCGUAGAACAUCCUCAGGUUAAUGAUGGCCUCUGGCAUGAUGUUUGUGUUGAGAGAAGAGGAAACGCUGCUGAAGUAAUAGUUGAUAAAGUACAUCGAAUAUCUGGAAAUGCUCCUGGAGUUCAUGAUAUUUUGAAUCUAGAUGGAAAUGACAUUUAUUUUGGAGCCGAAGUCAGACAUCAUCCUGCUGUCUUUGGAUAUGAAGAUAUCCGAAUGGGCUUUGUAGGUUGUAUGGAUGAUAUAAGAAUUGAUGGUGUAUCCUUACCUUUACAUGUAGCAGGUGGGAACAAUGUUGUAACUCUACGAAGGUUUGCAAAUGUACAAUUUCAGUGUGCAGUCCUUUUUGAUCCUGGAGUUUGUGGCAGUCAACCAUGUGCUAAUGGUGGCGUGUGUAAUGCUACAGGAAAUUCCUAUACUUGUCAGUGCCUGGCUCGCUUUUUAGGUUCUCGUUGCGAAAUCGAUACAAAUCCUUGUGCCUCCAACCCGUGCCUUAAUGGUGCCACUUGCCAUAAUGUAAACAACACCUUUCGUUGCGAUUGUCUUGAAGGCCUUAGUGGUAAACGUUGUGGAUAUGGUCGAUAUUGUAAUCCAAAUCCAUGUCAUAAUGGUGGUGUAUGUGAAGAAGGUACCUACGGACCUCUAUGCAAAUGCAGAGGCUUUUAUGGCGAUAUAUGUCAGUAUGAUGUCAAUGAGUGUCAAGCAAAUCCGUGUGCCAAUGGUGCAACUUGCCAUAAUGUGCCAGGCUCAUUUCACUGUCAGUGUCCUCUUAAUGUAACAGGUUCCUUGUGCUCCGAACUGUUGUACACCAAUUCCAUAACAUCAACACGUUGGAAUACCACUGUAGAAGAAAUAAUUGGUAUAACUGUAGUUGUUAUUUUUAUAAUGCUUCUUGCUGUGAUACUUGCCUGUUGUUGGAGAGUAAGACAUAAGAGACGACUGAGGAGACCAAGUUUGCAACUGAGUGAUGAACCAGGAGCUAAUGAUUUCAUGUUAAAAAACACUAUCAUUGAGAAAGACAAUGUGAAGCGUGUUAGCAAGAUAAGCAACCUGGAUGCUACUUUUACAACUCCUCCUCUCCCUCCUCGUCCUGCAUCUUAUACGCCAAGCACCCAGGAAUCAUUAAGUGUUCUAGCCAAAUUUGAUACCGUGCGAAGUUAUGGAAGUGCAGCUGAGGAUCUUGAAGACAACUCACUACGGUAUGGGGGCCAAUUGUUCCAAAACAUUAGUACUCAUAAGAGUUCUCACGUUAGUGUCCCGCCAUCCCUCACCCCUCCUCCACCAUCCAGCUCUGAUUCUGACUCCCUUCUGAAAGCCGGGUGGGAAACUGAUCUGAAUUCUUCAAAGGAAAAAAUCUAUGAAGAUAAAAUACAGAAUAAUCUCAAUCCUGUUGUUGUCAAUUUGCCAGAUGAAUUGGAUAAGCAUCAAAAACUUUCAACUAUUACACCAUAUGAUUCGGUUGUAGACAGCUCUGGCAGUGAAAAUAAUUUAGACAAUAAACCUGUUACUCCUCCUUUACCAGUUAGAGAUGUUUCCGUAAAGGGAUAUCUAUGGGAUAUAUCUGACUGGGCUUCACCAGAUCAUAGUGUCAACAACAACUUCAUAGAUGAAUCCCCCACAGAUGGGCAAGAUUCGUCAAGUGUGCAAAGUACUGAUUCCAAUAGCUUUGUCAGCCAGAUUGAAAUGAUGCCAGAUAAAUGUGGGGAUGCAAACUCGAAACCAGAACAAAACAUUUCUGCUUCGAUUUCAUCACUAUCCAGUUCAAAGGUGGAAGGGGGUUCCAAACUAAACAAUAUUAAAUCCAAACCGGGAGAUUCUCCUAAAUCACAGUUCCUGAAGAAAGAGAGCUCUCCUCCACCAUGCUAUGAUAAUAAAGGAAAUAAAUGGGCGGAAUGUCCAGAAGAAGAAGUUUAUACCUAUGGUUUUCCGAAAGGAGGGGGCCGAGGCUUCAGGAAAGCUCUUGAGAGUGGAGAUUACGGUGCAGUAAAUAAAGACUCCGAGAAUAUUUACUUAGAUGGAGUAGACUCUGACAAUUCAUCUGUAACAGAUGUGUCUCUAAAAGUGUGAGAAAAAGAGAAUAGUGAAUCAGUUGUCUGUGAUGCUGAAACAUUACCACCACCACCAAAGAAUUAUGCUUCCGUGCCAUCUUUCAUGUGAUAAUGAAGUUUAUUCAGUAUUUAAAACACAUUCACUCAAGUUUAUAAACAACAACUAUUUUUAGAUGGAGGCUAGAAAAAUAGUUAGAAAACAAUGAAUCGAUGUAUUAACAACAGUUAGUGGCCACUGAAAUAUUUCAAGGAGUCAUCCAUUCUCUUCGAAGCUUUUGUUUUCCGAAAAAAAUUCAGCUCUCAUUAUUUUCCAUUUUAAAAGAAUUCCGUGUCUACUUAUAUAUAUGAUUUAUUUUUAUAAUUCAUUUAAAUGAUGAACAAAACAAAAACGUUUUGCGUGCAUUGUUUAUUUAAGAGUUUACAAGUUUAUAUAAUUUUUACUGAUGAGUAUACUUCACAAGAUUGUCACAUAUAAUAAUGAAGCUUUAUGAUGUUAUUAUGUUCUGUAUGAUUUAGUUAUAUGACUAUAUCCUUUCAAUGAUAUAAAAUCUGAAGCAAUUUUUAACAUUUGCUUACAUUGGCAUUACAUCUUGAAUUUUUUUAUGCUUGGGUUUUCUUUACAUUUGCAUUUAAAGAACUUAUUUACUUAAUAUUCAUUUUUUGAACAAAAUUAUAGCUGUUGCAUAGUGUCAUUUUUGUUUAACUGCAUUUUUAAGUUUUUAAUAUUUUUUAAUAAAUGUCAGUGGCCAUUUACAGUUAUUAAUGUUUCACUAAAAUCUCAUGAUGUGUCACUUUUCAACUACAUCAGGGUCCAAAUAAUACCGUAACUGAAAAUUACAUAAUGCCUGGUGCCUGAAUACUUGUUAAUGUUAAAUUUGAAUUUAAAAGGUUAAAAGGUAAUUUAUAUAUGAAGGAUAAGAAUAAAGUAGCUGUUUAUAAAUGAACUGUGAUAAUAUGGCAGCUACUGUGCCUAUCAUUUAAGGUUAUGCAAAUGAGAUCCAUCAAUGUGUAGAAUUAAAUUUCUCAGGUGUCCGAUUCCAGCCAAUUUUUGUAUCUAUGAUUUUAAAAUUAAAAUUUUUUCAUUUACUACCAGUGUUUUAAAAAUUAUUCAUUUUUGUAUGUAAAAUGUAUUGUUUAUUCAGUAGUUUUGUGAUAAAAGUUUUUUACCUUCUCUGACUAUUUAAAUGCAUUAAAGGAAUUAUGUAAUAAAUGGUUAAUGAUUUUAUGUAUGACUUUUUGUCUUUAAAGUGGCGUAGCAAAAUGGAGGUAUAGGCAUUUUAGCUCGUAUAACCAGUUUGGCAAUAAAUAUAUUGCUGUAUGUGUGAAAUGAAUGAGAACUCAUAUAAACAGUUUUAAGAAACCUCUGAAAUUAGUCUAUUCCUUAAAAAUAUCCUACUAUGCCACUGCCAUAUUGCAUGUAAGAUGGAGCAUAAUUAUUUAUCUUCCUCCAUAUACUGUGUGUGAAAGUUUGUAAUCGUUGUAUAUGUAUAUAUAUACAUAUAUAUAUGCAUGUAUACACACACAUGCAUUAUGCAUAUACAUACUAUAUUUAUGGUGCUAUGUUUAUAUUGCCAUGUGGUCCUAGUGAAAGAAUCACUUGACUGUUAUUGCAUUUAUUAGUUAAAGGUCUGUAGACGCUGUUGUAAAUAAAUACUUGUAAUAAAAUGUUAAUUGUACGCAAA